AUGGUCCUCCCAACAGAAUCCAAUCUCCAGCUCUUAUCGACUUCCCUAUUUCAAUCGGACGAAUAUGAAGCCCCAGGCUAUAAAACCCUGGAAUGCUCUUACUACCGCGCUAGAGUAAUAGGUAGACAUCAUGGACUGACCAUUGACGACAUCCUCUCUCACAACCUCAAGUUCUGGCAAUCACAUAUGGAUGCAAUAAUCAUCCGGGAUAUCGUGGCUCACCUUUUUGCAAUUCAAUAUAAUCUGGUUGCUGGCACGAUUGCCCCUUAUGCUACGAAGAGGCCGGACCUGCGACCGCAAUACCAUUUUAGGGAACUGGCUCACUCAUCAUCUUACAGUGCUUGCUUUAUGCUCAAUGAGAUUAACCAUGGCUGUGGUGCAAAGAACCUUGAAACCACUGCGAUGUUACAGUCCGAUGGCAGUUUCAUUCUCCACAGUCCCACGCCCAGAGCAGCAAAGUAG